CUGUUUACCAACUGCUUCUGGUUUAGUGACGAUUGUUUGGAUUUGAACACAUUCAGAUAAAACACAUCCACCAACUGAAUAGUCUCACAAGCUAAUCUGAGGCUGAAAGAAUGAGCACUCUGUAGACUGACUGAGGAUGAAACCCUAGUUUUGAAGUCGACUUUGCGGCCCCAAUAGUUCCUUUUAAGCAAUUGACCUCGUCUAGUUAUAUCAUCAUAAAAUACCCUCAAACAUAACUCAAUCUACUUGACAUUAUAGAGGACUGAAGAGAUCUCUAGGAGUUGAAGAGAGGAGGAGAGGAAACUGGGUUUAAUCAGAAGUUGAAGCUACCAACUGAAACCAAAUAAACGCCGCCAGAAUGAUUCAAAUAAUGGACUAUCUGGAAAACAACUCCUACCCGCUCUGGUUCAACGACACCGGCAAUGACUUCUCGUGCUCCCCUGUUUUUCUGCCUGCCACCAUUCUGCCCUUUGUAGGCAUGCUUCUGUUGAUUGUAACUAUUCCUGUUGCACUUGUAACUCGCCUCACUCAAAAAGUGUCACAGCUGGGAGAUUAUAACAUCCAAUUUACCGUUCACUGGACGGGCAUCUUUCUCUUCUCACUCUACCUGCUCUUCCUCAAUUUGACCUGGCUGCUGCUGAGAGGCCAACAAGUUCAAAUUCCUUCCAUUGUCUUCAUUGAAUUAGCAGUUGACGACUUGGUUUUCAUUCUCAUAACAGUCGAAUUCAUAACUAUUCAACAAUUUGGAAUGCGAUACAGUCCAAUCUGCAUCAUUUACUUCACUUUUCGAUGCUUGUGGCUAAUUUUAGAGAUCACUCUGAACAUGUUCAUAACUUACCAGCAUGGCUUCAAACACCAAUCUCUAGUCUAUAGUGUCCGCUUCAACUUGUUCUCUCCUCUCAACCUCAUAAUAACCGCUUUCAACUUAUGCGCCUUUCUCAAAUUGACAGGCACUGACAGUGAACAUGAUAGCAGUGUUUUGUCCUUCCAAAACAUAACCUUCCAGUCCAAGAUUCUGUUCCACUGGUUUACCAAGUAUGUUGCGAGGGCGUGGCGGGGACACCUCACAAUGGAGUCGCUGCCUGACCUGCAGAGUUCGUUCACGUCAAUGCCCACUACGAACAAGUUCGCGGAGAAGAUGAAUGCUUUGAAGUUGAGCAAGGCACGCAGGGGGGAUGAGGACGGAGCAGGCGAAUUCACUCACUGGGAACUCUACAAGACACUUCUUGUGAAGACGUUCGGCUGGUACAUGGUCAAGACCGGAUCCCUUCGACUCAUGGGAGACUCGGUACAAUUCUGCAGCCCCAUCCUGCUGAGUCUCCUCAUUCAACACAUAGAGCAGCCAGACACGCCCCAGUGGAGAGGGGUGCUCCUUUGUUUACUCCUAUUUGUUUGUUUGUGCCUCGAAGCAGUCAUCAAGUUGAGAUACCAAAACAGCAUGCACCAAACGGGACUGAUGAUGAAAACUGCUAUCGUAGACUACACGUAUCAGAAAGCGAUCAAAAUUAUGUCAGGCACAACAGCUGCGAACAUCGUCAAUGUUCUCAGAAUCGAUUGCGAAUGUUUCUUUCUUCUCAACCGUCAAAUUCACCUCAUUUGGUCGAACCCUUUCGUCGUCUCCAUUUGUAUAUAUUUGCUCUACAUUCAGUUGAAAGCAGCCGCCUUCAUUGGACUCAUCGCAGUGUUUCUCAUCACUCUUUUGAAUGUGUCCAUUCUGUUCCUGAUGCAAACCCAAGUGGAAAUAAGUCGCGACAUUAAAGACCACAAGCUCAGCCUAGUAAAUGAAGUUAUCACCUCCAUUAAACAGAUCAAGUUCUACCUCCUUGAAAGUGCCUUUCAUCAUCACCUAAAAGAUGCCAGACUUGUUGAAAUGAAGGCUUACAACGUCACCCAAAUUCUUGUACUGGUUGUUCACGCUUCUUUGGAGCUGUCGCCGACAAUUAUAGGAGUUGCGUGUAUCUCGGCAUACAUCUUCAUGUACCCAGAGGAAGGGAUCAGUGCCGGACAAUUGUUCGUUUCCCUUUCAAUUCUGAAUGUGCUCAAAGUUCCCCUCUACAGCGUGAGUGACGUCAUACGAGCAGUGCAAGAAUCGAACAUUUCUUGCAAGCGUCUUGUGAGGUUUUUGAACAUCCAAGAAAUCGACCGUGAGGUGUACAUGAAAAUAAGCGAAAGCGACGAGCGCGAUGUUAUCAUUGAGAACUGUUCUUUCAAGCACUACCAGAAUCAACUAGCGCCAAAAUCCUUAGCUCAGAAGAAAAUCGAAAAAGCCAGACAUGAACAUCAAACAAAAAUUACCCAAAAGAACGCAUUGAAAGUUGAGACUUACCCAACAGAAAGCAAAAAAAUAGCUAGUAGUUUCAACAAACAAACGCCAGAGGAUAAAGUGAAUUCACAUGACAGUUCCAGCAUCCAAGCUCCCAAAAUAUCAGUUGGCUCCGAAUCCACGCAUGAUAUUGAAGAGCCUAAGACUGAAAAAGCCGAAUCUUCGAAUUCUAAGCCGAAACAGUUCAGAUUAGCUAAUAUCAAUUUGCAUAUCAAAAAAGGAAGUUUAGUGGCAAUUAUUGGCUCAGUGGAGUCUGGGAAGUCGGCACUUUUGUCCGCAAUCGGGGGAGAAAUGGAAAUAGUUCCUAACACGGACGAAAAGGGAGGCAUUGGAACUCUUUCUCGAAGGGAUGUUAGCUGGGACUUGCAACAGUUUGUGUCGCUGCCUAAUUCGGUCCAGAGAAACAUUCUCCUACUUGAGCCGCAGAAGCUCCACCAAGCAAAUUGGGAGAGAUACAGGAAAAUUUUGUACGCCUGUGCCCUUUUCCCAGAUAUACCAACUUUAGCAGAAGGCGAUCAAACUGAGCUGCUAGAUGUUGCCAAUUUGAGCGGAGGCCAGCUGAAGCGAAUCUCAUUGGCCAGGACCAGCUACCACCAGGCGUCAGUCUACUUAUUCGACGAUCCCCUCGCUCACAUGGAUGCCCUCAGCUCCAAACACGUGUUCGAGAACCUCCUCUCAAACCAGAAGGGACUGCUGAGAGACAGGACUAGAGUGGUGGUCACCAAUGACUUGAGGUUUCUGGACAAGUGCGACUCUGUCAUAUUUGUUGAAAAAGGGAACAUUUUGAGCCACGGAAGCUACGAGCAGGUGACGAGGGAGGUUGGCGAGAGAUUUCAGGCGCUGGCGCGCAAUCUGGAAGACCAAAUAGAUGGGGGAGGGGAGUUCCAGGGGGCCCAUGCUAUCUGGAGGGAACAGCUGGACGAGUACUUCAAACAGCCACUCCACAUCGAACAUCAGACAGAGAAUGAUGGGCUGGAGUUCCGCUACAAGAACAGGGAGUUGUUGAUGAGGAAGUUGGAGGAGCAGAGAAACCAGAUUACCCUUUUAACACAACAGAACAGACUGGACAGGAGGUCCUCCCAGAAGCUGCGGGAACCCAUCAUGCGACGCAUGAGCGAAAGAUGCUGUCCGGACUCGCCUGUUGCUACGAACAAGCGGAGAUCCAGUCGCAAGAUCAGUACCAGUUCUCUAAAUGCAAUGUUAAAUUCCAGCAACAACAAUCUCAACAAUAUAAACAACAAAAACAACAACAACAACAACAACAACAACAACAACAACAACAACAGCUGCAACAAGUGCAACAAUAAUCUCAAGACUCCAGUCACCCCUUCACCCUCCAUAAGACCCCAUCAGAACAGGUUCGAGUUUGCGACUAGUGUGGACAGCCGCCAGAAGCAAGGGACUGUGGAGUGUGAGACUGAACAGGAUGCGUGCGUGGACAGCAGGAUACGCAAGAUAUCCAGUGGCAGCAGAAGUGGAGCCGAAAGUACAGUGAGCAACCUGCCAUCCUCUCGUCGCGAGACAUUCCGAGUACCCGAGGAGGAGGAAGAGGAGGCAGAGAUGAGUCAUCCGAGUGACCACGAUGACGACACCACGCGGGACUCGUUUCACGCAACAUUCGCCUCAGGACACGAGAGAUACGAGAGCAAAACUUCUGUUUUCGACCCCUCGACGCCGCUUCCAGUCCGAAGGCUUACAGCUCCAAUCGAAGAUCCGAAACAGAUGCCGAGCACUGACAGAGACACCCGGAAACACAAGAACGGAUACCAUGCUCUACAAACUGGCAUGUCAAAGGGUCAAAAAAGCUCACAAAAAUAUGAAGCGAUAGAAAUGCGAGAUGUUGUCAUUGAUUCAUUAAGUGACAUUGGGACCGAAAAUGACAGCGACACCGGAUCUCAAUCCAGCGAAGAGGAAGAAGCCCAAGAUAAAGUCAGCCGAAACUGGAUCAAAAGCGUUUUGGCAUGGAUCAAAGGAGCCAGUGUGUUUUUAUUCUCCCUUUGGCAGUUUGCCGCUCUGGCUUACGUCAUAAUGGAAGUUUUGGGCGCAAUUUUGCUGAAGGAGUGGGCGGUUGCUGAAGUAGAGGCGAAUUUUAACGAAGUAAGAAAACGGAAUUCUUCCAGUUAUUCGGGGCCGUCAAAACACGAUAUCAACAUUAACUACUUCUCAAAGUACUGCGCUGUCAAACUAGGCAACGUGGCAUUCAUUUGUGUGAGGAGUGGACUGCAGAUCUACACGUGCUACAGGGCCUCGCUCUACUUCAACCAGUGCAUCAUCCAGGCACUCCUCGGCUGCACUCUCAGGGAGUUCCAGAAACUGAAGAGGGAGACCAUUCUGCAGAGGUUCAGUGUAGACAUGCUAAGGGUAGAAGUAUUUGGGUUCAAAGUGUUCUUCAGCUUGGCCGCAUUUUACCAGUUGGUGGCUUUGGGUCUAAUCAUAAUCUACAACAUUCCCUACUUCUCAAUAGUCAUCCUAAUCAUGUUCGCCGUUUACAUUUUCAUCGAGCGCCUCUACGCACGAGUGCGCAAACAACUCAUGCGAAUCAAGCAAGAGUUGACGGAAGUGGCUCUGAUUGGGAUCUACCAGAAGACGACAGCCAUGCUUGUCCAGAUCCGAACAUUCAACCUCCAGUCUCAGAGCUGUGCUCUCUUCCGCGACCGACUGGAUAAAGACCUGAAAAUAGCCUACUACAUUUUCGCGGCCCAGAAGUGGCUGAUUUUGCGGCUGCACACGCUGGGUAAUCUGUUGAUAGCAGGGGCCAGCAUCUACUGUGUGUUGCAACGAGACGGGGCACAGGACGUGGGCUUGAUAGGAAUAGUGGUGAACAUGGCUCUCCAGAUGAACUUCGCCCUGUUCGCUUUCGUCAACUGUCUCGGCGACGUUGAGGCGGAGACAGCGAGGGUGGAGAACUUGAGGGAGUUCAUGAGACUCAAGCAGGAGAAGGGCGGCUACAGUGAGACUAAUAGGAGUCCCAAGGCCUCUGAAAAUGUUGUGAAUCGUUUGAUGGACAAUUGGCCCACAACUGGAAUCAUAAACAUGCGCAAGGUCAAGGCCAGCUACUCGCCCAUCAGAUACGGGCACAGAUCAAAGUCACAACAGCAACAGACUCAACUGAACGAAACUCGGUUAGCCGAACUGGACGAACAUGAGAACACGUUCGUCGUCAAUGGCCUCACAGUGGACUUGAAACCACAGCUGAAAACAGCCAUAGUCGGCAGGUCAAACUCCGGCAAAUCUUCUCUCAUUCUCGCUUUGUUCCGACUCAUUUAUCUGCACGAUGACUCCAAAAUUAUGAUUGACGGCGUCGACAUUCGAUCUGUUCCGCUGCACAGACUGCGCAAGGCUCUCACAGUUAUACCGCAGAAUGUGCUGCUGUUCAAAGACACCCUCGAAUACAAUCUUGAUCCUCUACAAGAACACACACGUGAGCAAAUGCGGCCGAUUCUAGAAGAACUCGGCAUUCUAGACUGGCCUGAAUUGCGCAACAAAUCCGGCGACGCUCUCUGGAACUUUGACUGCGAGAAGUUUCGAAACGAGGGAGCUAAACAGCUAAUAGGCCUAGCGCGCGGUCUGCUAAGUAGAACGAAAAUUGUCAUUUUAGACGAAUGCACAGCUCAGUUGGACGGCGAAACUGAGAAAAGAGUGGAGAAAGUUCUAGAAGAACGGCUCAAAGACUGCACAGUGCUCAAGAUAGCACACAGGAUAAACACUGUGAUGGACUACGACCAAGUCAUCGUCAUGCAGUAUGGUCACGCUCAAGUGGGAAACCCGAAAGACUUCCUGGAACAGAAGAACAACUUGUUCUACGAGUUGUGGAGGGCAAGUUCCAACGAACAUUAAUUCAUUCCGUCAUUCAAUCAAUAUAUUCUGUUUCUUCUUUUCAAGAAUUAAGUCAUUGUUGAAGCAAAUCCUAA